AUGUCUUUCGUUUCAGCAUUAUCACUCGCAUCUGCAUUCUUAGCUAUUAUUCCUACUGUCGUUGCUGCAUCGUCCGCCAAGACAGCCUGCUCUCUAAUCGAAAAACAGUAUCCAAAGCAAUAUGCCGACAGCGUCCUGGAGCUUUCAGACCUCGCUCUUGGAGUGACCUACACAGAUCAACUGCACGCCUACUGGUCCCAGGCCAAUGCGGACAACAUCCCAGCAUGCAUGUUCUUCCCAAAGACAGCGCAGGACAUUGCCUUUGCGGUUCAGGUGUUGAACAACUACACCGAUGUGCCAUUUGCCGUGAAAGGCGGUGGCCACAACCCGAACAAGGGAUUCAGCAGCACGAAAGAUGGUAUCCUAAUUGCAACUGAGCCCAACAUGGCGACGACGACUCUUGACAGCAACAACUACGCACACAUUGGACCGGGAUCCAGAUGGAUCGAUGUUGCUACCGCUCUCGAUCCUUAUAACCGUGCUGUUGUGUCUGGACGUCUUGGACACGUCGGAGCAGCUGGUCUGACCCUCGGAGGCGGAUUGAGUUUCUUGAGUACCGAGCAUGGAAUGACCGCCGACACCGUCGUCGAAUACGAGAUUGUCACCGCGCAAGGCGAGGUCACGAGAGCCAACAAGAACCAAAACUCCGACAUCUGGUACGCCCUGAAAGGCGGCGGGAACCAAUUCGCCAUCGUCACCGAAUUCGUCCUCGAAACCUUCCCCAUCGGCCAAGUCUGGGGCGGGCACAAGAUCUAUACCCUCGACCAAAAGGACGCCCUCAUCAACGCAACCCACAACCUCAUUUCGAAUUACUACGAUACCAAAGCCGCCGUCAUCGUCACCUUCUCCACCACCCUCGACUCUCUCGUCGACAUCUUCGUCGUCUUCUUCUACUACAACUCUCCCGCGGGUCCCGGCCCCAUCCUCUCCGAGUUCAACGCCAUCCCCUCCCUCAUCGACGCCACCAAAGGCCCCCGCUCCUACAAAGACCUCAUCGACGACAACUCGCAAUUUUCCCUCGACGGCAUGCGCUACCUCAUCCGCACAGGCACUUUCCCCAACCUCCCCGGCGCCGACGGCGUAGACUUGUAUCAAAACAUCUUCAACUCCUGGUUCGAUCUGGCAAAAUCCUACCAGCGGAAACAGCUCGACAACUACGUCUUCUCGUUAGCCUACCAGCCUAUGCCGUAUACUCUGCAAUCGGCCUCCGUCAACGCCCCCAACGGCGUGAACCUCUUAGGCUUGGAUCCAGCGCACGGCGACAAAGUCUUCAUGGAAUACGACGUCUCCUGGCUGCUCCCCACGACCGACGCCGCGGCCGCCGCGGACCUCACGAAUAUCACGCAGCCUGCACAGAACUACGCCCGGCAGAAAUACGGCAAUUCGAGGCCGACGCAUUGGAGUAGCGGGUAUGUAGGGACGACGAAUUUCAACCCCCUUUUCAUGAAUGAUGCCAUGUAUAAUCAGGAUCCGGUGAGGAGUUAUGGGGAGGAGACGUAUGAGCGGUUGAGGGGGAUUCAGAGGCAGAGGGAUCCGAGCGGGUUGUUUAGUGGGAGGACGGGUGGGUGGAAGUUCACUUGA